AUGAGUUACUUCCAUGAAACAAUACAGAAAGGUGUCCCUAAAUUCCUAAGACGUGUUGACACUGCUCUUAAGAACAUUGGAAUCAAUGAGCGAGAUCCCUAUAAUGCCCCUCUGAUUGAAUUAUCUUCAUGGAUGGGUGGUGAUCGUCACGGAAAUCCCAGGGUUACCCCUGAAGUAACCAGAGAUGUUUGCUUGCUUGCAAGAAUGAUGGCUACAAAUAUGUACUUUUUCCAGAUUGAAGAUCUAAUGUUCAAGAUGUCUAUAUGGCGUUGUAAUGAUGAACUUCGUGUUCGAGCAGAAGAACUAUAUAAAUCAGCAAGGAGAGAUGCGAAGCAUUACAUAGAGUUCUGCAAACAGGUUCCUCCAACUGAACCUUAUCGAGUGAUUCUUGAUGAUGUAAGAGACAUAUUAUAUAAAACACGUGAAAGAUGUCGGCAUCUUUUAGCCCAUGGCAAAUCUGAGAUCCCAGAAGAAGCAGUUUACAACAAUGUUGAACAUUUCUUGCAACCCCUCCCGAUCCCUAUGCACAUGUGGCGACCGCGUAAUCGCAGACGGGAGGCUCCUCGACUUCCUCCACCAGGUGUCAACAUUCGGUCUCUCCUUAGUCAAACUCGAUAUCCGCCAAGAAUCUGCUCGCCAUACAGAUGUCCUCGACGCGAUCACCCAACAUCUAGAAAUUGCGUUGCAACUAUUAUUAACAAAAGUUUGAUAUCAACAACGACCGUCUUCGUCUAA